AUGACUUUGUACCUGCGGACGAAACGGAGACAUUUUGAGAAGGAAAGAGGUCCUGGCGGCGGGUGGAUCGGCAACCGCAAGAGAGGAAUUGAAGGCCAGUCCCUCGUGCACGGGGGGAUGGGGGGAGAUUCCUGCGUCCCUGCGGAUACGUGGAACACAUAUGGAGGCUUUGGGGGAGGCGGUGGAGGAUGCAUGGCCGGAGGAGGCGGUGGAGGAUAUACAGGUGGCAAUGCCUAUUCCGGACCUUAUCGUCAUGGAGAAGGAGGUUACAGCUAUACUUCGGGAGAAUUCGAGCACGUCACGACUACACGUUACAAAGGACCUGGCGUUGUUUACAUCAUCCCUGCUGUUAGGCGACAUAAAUUGAAUACAAAAUCACCAUUACCUUUGGACACGAAUAUAGAUAGGUCUAAAAGAGGUCUAAAAGAGGAAAGCGUGUGA